AUGAACCAGGACAGAGGCCAUGAUGUCUCCAACAGCGGUGUCACGGGCAAUGGGUUCCAAGCCAACGGUUCGGGCUUUCUGUGUGCCGUUUGGGCUUCGGUGCAGAAGCUAGCCUCUGGGGAGGACACCGGUUGUGUUACGGUCUGUCCUGACCAGCUACUUCAAGUUACUAAGUACCUAAGGGAUAUUGAUGGGAAGUUCCAGAGUUUCCGGGAACUUUUCCAGCGAGACGGUGGUGUGCUUUCCGGGCUUGUUGAAGUUAAGCUGGCUAACCUGCUCCAGGCUGUCUCCUCUUUCCUGAGCAAAUACCCGGCCAUGAACUGUGAAGGCAUCCAUCCAGCCACAGCUACCCUCAUCUCUUGUGUGAAUGGUCUCAACAGUGAAGUGAAAGGAGCUGAGAACAAGAAACGCUACAGUGAGAUUUUCAGGAGUUUGGAUGCCCUGGAAAUUUCAAUUGGAAAUGCGACAGUUGAUUUGUUUGCCGAUGAUAUGGAGGACAAUAACGCUGGAAAUCCAAACACGGAGCCUGAACAACUGCAGACAGAUGAAAGUUUCUGUGAGCCUGACAGAAAUUCAGAAGCAGAAGAACCAGCAAACAUGACAGCCGAAGAGGCCGAUGAGAUGCUGAUCAAGUGUGACGGGGGCGUGGAAGCAGCCCUGGAGUAUGCCAAGAUGUGGUGCAAAUACGUCAAAGAGCUCCUGAGCUGGGUGGACAAACGUCUCAAUUAUGAGAUUGAGUUUGCAAAGAACAUUCUGAAGAUUGCCGAAAUGGGCAGAAAUGCCGUUAACCAGCAGAGAUUUAUGCCCCUGCAGGCGCUGUACACUAUGGUUAUGGAGCACGACAUAAAGACAGGGAACGUAGCCAUCGACACUGCGGGAAUCCUUCAACUGAGAGAAUACUACAAGCCUCUGUGGGCCAAGAGGAAUGAAAUUGAGAAGUGGAGGAAGGAGUUCAAAGAUCAGUGGCAGAAGGGGCAGAAACGGAUGAACGACUCCCUGUCCUCCAUGCGCAAGUCUCGCAUCCAGUAUUUCCAGCGCUGUGAAGAACUGGAGAAAGCCAAAGCGCUGAACGCCAGAGCGGAAGAAGAGUUCCAGGGCACCAUGGGCAGCGGCAACAAGCAACUGGAAAAACGGCGUCGCUAUCGAGAGGAGGCGCAGUUAAAGGCUCAGGAAUCAGAAGUCGCCUAUAAAACCUGCAUCUCUGAUGCCAAAGCUCGCCAGCAGGAGCUGAAGAAAGUCAGGGAGAGAAUUAUCUCCCACAUCCGGAAGCUGGUGUACCAGGGAGACGAAGUGAUGACACGGGUCACCUUGAGGAUGUUCAAGCUUCGGCAAACCGAAGCCGAGCGAAUCCCUGAGGGAUACCAGAUCCUGACUGAAUUCUGCAAACCCUACAAGGUUGGCGAGAAGUACUUGGAGUUCAUUCAGAAGCUGCAGAAAAGAGAACUUCCAGUGGAGGAGUACACUUUUAAGGAGUUUGUAUCGUCAAGGUCACCCUCCAGUGCCAGAAGAAAGAAUGCCGCACUUUAUGGUCACAUCUCUUCAUCUGCCGUUGACCUCAGCAGCUCCUCAGAAGAUGCCUCUGGAAAGCUGUCUUCUGUCAGCAGCGAGCAAAGUCCCAGCAAAUCCUUCUACAGUGACACAGAGAGCCUGGGAGGGAGCACCGAGGGGCAGUCCCUGGAUUCCCCCACCUCCAGCCCAGGGCACCGAAAGCUGCUGAAAGCUCCCUCUACUGGCACUGUGUCUUCCUCAGAGGACUAUGAAGACAGAGAUUUGAUACACGCCUACGAUAAUGAUCUCACAGAUGCGGCGUCUGAAAACGGCCACUGCCACUAUAAGAACAUUGUCUUGUCCAGCGCCGCUCAGACGCACCGCCUGCGAAAGCUCAGAGGCCCUUCGAAAUGCCGAGAAUGUGACAACUUCAUGGUCAGUGGGGCUGAGUGCGAAGAGUGCUCCCUGACCUGUCACAAGAAGUGCUUGGAGAGCCUUCUCGUUAAAUGUGGUCAUCAGAAGCUCCCAGCACGGGUGCCGCUAUUUGGGGUGGACUUCGCUCAAGUGCCGCGGGAUUUCCAGGAGGAGGUGCCAUUCAUCGUGGUGAAGUGUACCUCUGAAAUUGAGGCUCGUGCCCUGGGAGUGCAGGGGAUUUACCGAAUGAGUGGGGCCAAAGCCCGGAUGGAAAAGCUGUGUCAGGCCUUCGAAAAUGGCAGGAGCUUGGUGGAGCUUUCAGAUCAUUCCCCUCACGACAUCACCGGAGUCCUCAAACAUUUCCUUAAGGAGCUGUCCAGCCCUGUGCUCCCGUACAAGCUCUACAACGAUUUCAUCGCCCUGGCAAAGAGCUUGCCAAGACCUGAAGAUGGGGCUGGAGAUGAUUCCAAGACACUGGUCGAUCCCAUCAAAAGCACAAAAGAUAUCCUGAGCAAAUUGCCACCCGCAAAUUAUAACACCUUACGGCACCUCAUUGCUCACCUGUACAGGGUGGCUGAGAGAUACGAGGAGAACAAGAUGUCUCCCAACAACCUGGGGAUCAUCUUUGGCCCUACGCUGAUCCACCCUCCCACCACCAAUGAUUUGUCCAUGUUGUGCCUUGUGGAAUCAGGGUAUCAGUCCCAGCUGGUUGAGUUCCUCAUCCUCAACUACGAGAAGCUUUUUGGGAUGGAUGACCUCCCUUCGACAGGGUUCUGUGAGCGUGAAAAUUCCUUACGAGAGGGAACUACCAGUGAAGGUCUUCCAAGCGACACAAGAGAAAUGGACAUGUCUUCAGAGAAACCCCCCUCUGAGGUGUGCCUGAAUGAGGAUGACGGCGAAGCUGAGAGCUGUUCAUCCGCUAGCGCCAGCCAUGAGCAGUGUACAGAGCAAACCCACUCCCCUGUGAGCAGAGACAGCGUAGAGCUGAAUUGCACAGAUGACGAUGACGCAGAGGACUGUUCCCUUGACCAGGAUGCUGUCAUCGGCAGACAGUCCCGAACGCGUUUCAGCCGGAUGCCCGUGAAAUACGCUCGCGCCUUCAUCCCCAAAGUUUCCAGUCUGCCCCUGCUGGCGGCUGCCCUGUCUGGCUCAGAGGCGAUAAGCAGCCUCCUGGAGAUGGGUUCGAACAGCCGCGGCACCUCACCGGACACCCGCGGGCGGCGCAAGCGCUUCGAGAUUACCCCGGAGACCGCCAGGAUAGUCGCCAAGCUCCAGCCUCAGGACGGAAACCAGGGCUGCUGUCAACCUGACCAGGUGACACCGCUGUAG